GCCUAGGAGGGUGUCAAUGAUGAGACCAGCUAGCCCAGGAGGUACACGCGAGAUCGCCUUGAAGACGGCCACCUCCUUGCCCUGAUCAGAGAGAGAGAGAGACUGAGUCAGGGGAGAAAGGAGAGUGGUCACCAUGAAGCUGAAGCAGCGAGUGGUGCUGCUGGCCAUCCUCCUGGUCAUCUUCAUCUUCACCAAGGUUUUUCUGAUCGACAACCUGGACACCUCCGCAGCCAACCGAGAAGACCAGCGGGCCUUUCACCGCAUGAUGUCGAGCCUCCGUGUGGAGCUGAACCCCCGGCUGGAUCACACUCUGCAGUCGCCUUGGGAGAUUGCCACGCAGUGGGUUGUGCCCCGGGAGGUGUAUCCCGAGGAGACCCCGGAAUUGGGGGCCGUCAUGCACGCGAUGGCCACCAAGAAGAUCGUCAAAGCCGACGUGGGCUAUAAGGGGACUCAGCUGAAAGCCUUGCUGAUUCUGGAAGGAGGGCAGAAAGUCGUCUUCAAACCUAAGCGGUACAGUCGAGAUUAUGUGGUAGAAGGAGAACCAUAUGCCGGGUAUGAUAGACAUAAUGCAGAAGUAGCAGCCUUUCAUUUGGACAGGAUCUUAGGUUUCCGCCGAGCCCCGCUGGUGGUGGGCAGAUUUGUGAACCUGCGCUCGGAGAUCAAACCCAUUGCCACAGAGCAGCUGCUCAGCACCUUCCUAACUCUUGGUAACAGCACCUGUUUCUACGGAAAGUGUUACUAUUGCCGUGAAACGGAGCCAGCCUGUGCAGAUGGAGACAUCAUGGAGGGAUCCGUCACCCUGUGGCUCCCGGACGUCUGGCCUCUGCAGAAGCACCGGCACCCCUGGGGCAGAACUUACCGAGAGGGCAAGCUGGCCAGGUGGGAAUAUGACGAGAGCUACUGUGAGGCUGUAAAGAAGACCUCCCCCUAUGACUCUGGCCCGCGCCUUCUGGACAUCAUCGACACCUCUGUCUUUGACUACCUGAUUGGCAAUGCCGACCGCCAUCACUACGAGAGCUUUCAAGACGAUGAGGGGGCCAGCAUGCUCAUCCUCCUCGAUAAUGCCAAAAGCUUUGGAAAUCCCUCGCUGGAUGAGAGAAGCAUUCUUGCCCCUCUCUAUCAAUGUUGCAUCAUCCGGGUCUCCACCUGGAACAGGCUGAGCUACCUGAAGAAUGGCGUGCUGAGAUCUGCCUUAAAAUCUGCCAUGUCCCAUGAUCCCAUUUCUCCAGUGCUGUCCGACUCCCACUUGGAUGCUUUGGAUCAACGGCUCAUGAGUAUCUUGGCAACUGUGAAGCAGUGCAUUGACCAGUUUGGAACAGACACCGUGCUGGUGGAGGACAGGAUGACCCUCUCCCACCUGUAAUUUUAUGGGGAAACAGAUGAAACUCCUUUUUACAACUGAUAGAAAAACAGCACAAGCAAUUCCAAAUGGAAAUGGAUGGAUGGAAAGACUGAAAAAAAGCCGGCAGUAAACAUUGUGCAGGGGUACAGGGUAGCUUUGGGUUUCUUUGGUGUUUUUCCAUAAAAAGCAAAAGCAGUAACCGGAAGCUUUGGGGCAUUCGGGCAUCCCCACGUGGCCUUCUGACUUCCUCUGCUUUGGCCACUGGGAUGGGUCCGAUAGAGGCAGUGGGCAUUGCAGUCCAGUGCUGGUGGACUAAUGCAGCAGAGCGUCAAAUUUGGACAUGAGUCUGGAGAAUGGUCUGGAGAGGCUGUGUGAGUUGGGACCCUACAGGCCUUCCUUCCUUCCUUCUUUCCUUCCUUUCUUCCCCCAUUCCCUGGCCGCUGUCAAGGGGAAUUUUAGCUCACUCCACCAUGCCAUUUAACCAGCAGUGUGCUGAUUAAGGCAAGUACAGCCUCUUAAAGAGGUGGCAGAAAUGGUGGCGUGGUGGUGAGUCAAACUGUGCACUAAGUUAAAACAUAGAUAGCACUCCCUUAAUGGGGUGGAAUUGUCUUUUUCCCAAAGUCUCCUUUCAAUAAAGGAGUCUGGGAGGAGGGUGUGCUGCUUCGCUAACCCCACAGAGUGCAGAGGCAGGAAAGUGUUCUGCCCCAGAAGCAGUUCAACUGCAGUGUUGAGGUGGGGAAGUUGUGGUUGCAUUGUAGCACUAGGAGCAAUGGCUCAUUCAGUGCCUAAAGAUGAAAGCAGGGUCCCCGAAACACUGCAUUUCAGUCCUUCAGGUCCAUAUAGACUAGACUGUUAUUAGGUCCAGAACAGAAUCAAUGUUCUCAUGAUCAUGUGUCUGAAUUAACCAAAAAUCAUUUUGUGUGGUGCAUCUGUUGGACUGCAUAAAGUUGUUCUUUUAGGAUGGUGAGGGGCAGGGGAGGCAGCCGCUUUCAGGACGAACAAGAGCUGACUGAGGAACACAGUUGGUUACUACUGGUCUCUUCCGUCUCCUCCUGUUGGCUCUUUGCCCCCCUGCCGUCUCGGUUCUUGGGAAUGGAGCACUGAGGGGUAUUGAAGCUUCUGGGCUGAGGAAGUGUAGCAGGCCAGGGUCUGCCUCUUGGACCGGGGCAUAGGUGUGUGCGUCUUCCAGCUACUGAGUUUACAGAAAAGAUGCGAAUGUGGUGGAGAGAAGGGUUUCACUAAAAUCUCCUGGACUUUCUGAGCCUUUACGUUGUGUGUGCUUUGUGCAGUUUGUAACCUCAAGAUUCAGUGAUUUGGAAAUUGGUUUCUUUCUUCCUUUCCCAUCUCCAUUCUUCCCUUUUUUCCCAUUAUGUGCUCUUAGCCCACUGUACAGUAUCCUGGCUCUGCUUCUGGUGUCUGAACCAUAGCCGACUUGAAGUUGCUCUAAGCAAGGCCUGCUCUUCUGUUCUGGGAAAAGGAGAGCAAUGUGUAGUUACUUGUGGGAGACCAAUGGGACAGAGCCCAGCCCCGAGGAGACUAGACAUGGGGCACAUUUGCCCAUGUAUUUGUCCGUCCAGCUCCCUUUCUGCCUCUUGAACUUGGUGCCUCUCUUGAGCAGAGGAAACCCAGAGAGAUAAUGGAGCAGCAGAUGCUGGCCAAUCUGGGCCAGGCUGAAGCAAACCAGACUCUUGCACCAGGUUUGGACUUGAGGUUAAAUUUUCUAAAAAUAUGAAAUCACUUGUAAUCUCUUUGCAAUAAUAGGGGAUUUGAACAUACCUGCCUCAGACAUGCAGAAGAAUGGAUUGUCACAAAAGGUAUCUUGAGUUGAGUAGGACAGGUGAAUGCAGAAAAUACUUUUAGUUUCUGGAAAGGGAGAAGAAAUGUAUUAAAGUAUCAGGACUCUUGCCUUAUAUUCAGGGAAAGUUUAAUGGAAGUGUGAGAGUAACCAUGGACUGUGCCUGCCUUUAAAUUUCUCUGAGAGAAGUACAGAGACUUAGCGGAAUCUCAGGAGAUCAGCCCUGUGUGUUAAAUGCUCCCUUGAUAUCGUUUGCAAGAUGUGGGAGAGAAGGGAAAAUAUUGGUUGAUGUCUUUUCAGAACCUCCUGCAGUUUUGAAUGGAAGUUUCCCUCCAAACAGCGGAUUUCAUUCUGGAUGUUUAAGGCAAAAGACUCACUUUUUAAAGAAGAAACAGUGGGGAGGUUGUUGGGCACCCACUGUUUCUAGCAAACUGCAUGGAGCUCGGGACAGGUCACAGUUAGACUAAUAUGUCAUGCUGGAGUUGGACCAAUUGGUGGUUGUGAUAUGUAUUAUCUGAGGGAGGAGAGCAGAACAUGUUCUAAGUUAACACUGGAUUGGAAGGAGCCUUGGAAAAUCUGGCAUGGAGCUGAGCUAUACAACCCUAAAUUUCAUCAAUACCAAGAUCAGUUGGAUGAAAUGUAACCAAAAAAAGGUGAUUUAUGACAGUCUGUCCUCUUUCUGAAUGGUUUCAUUCGAACUUCAAACACUAAACUUUGCUCCUUGUCCAUCGAGAGGAGGCUGUUCAGUCAGCCCUGAGUUGUAUGAGCAUCUGUCCAAUCCCAAAUCUAGCACUCAGUGGAUUUGGUAUUAUUUAGAUGGGCAAGCAUAUCUUUUAGCAUUUCCUGAAACUGAAAAGUUGGUAUUAGAGGUUGUUCAUAUCUCUACUUUUUGAAGCAUCAAUUCUGAAGUCUUGAGUGGCAAUGUGGUUUUGAAAGCUUUCUCCCCCCCCCACCCCCAACACUCACACACACCCCAGAAGUGUCCAUUACUACAGGGUGUUUUAAGGGUGGAAAAAAAAUCUAAAUAACCUUGCCACAUAAGCAUAUUAAGGGGCCGAACUGGAUUUGCUCAUGGAUCAUUGCAUAAUGCCUCUUUGGUGCCAGAGAGUUAUCCUCUACUUGUCAGUAUUGUGGAGUGAGUGCCCUGGAUUUCUUCAGAAAAGGCAAAGAAGGAAAGAAAGAGCUAUAGUGUUUGUUGUUAAAAUGAUCAAAUGUCCUGGUCAUUUUAGUCAUAUAUUAGUAGGAAAGAGCAUAAGUGAUGGGUAAUAGAGAGGGCCUUUUCCUCCUGAAGUCAGCAUGACUUUUAAGAAGCUCAUUUUUUUCCUGAGUAAAGGUUCAUAAUAAUGGUAGUUGAUUAGCACUUACUAUGUGCCAAGCACUGUUCUACGCGCCAAAACCAUCCCUGUCCCAUCCUCCUAGCCCACUCCAUCAUUCCCAUGGCCCUGUCCAAACUUGAGGAACACCAGUGCUUGGCCACACCUUAGUGAAAGCAAAUAAGGUAUCUGUAUGUCAAUUAGCAACCUUAUUUAAAUGAAGAUAGCCCAGAUCGAAAGAGCAUGUUGCUGAAGGUUUCAGCAUUCAGGGAGAAGAGAAUCCUUUCAUUUCCCAGGGGUAGCGAUAGCCAGGGAGAGCACAUAACUAAUUUGUUGCCACAAGGGACCUGAACUUAUAUUGCUGAAGCACUUGAAGUUAGACUAGUUAAAAUGCAUCUCCUGAGUUCCUGAGCUAGUUAAAUAGAUGAUUUUCCUGCUUCCUUGAGGGAGCAAGUAGACAAUUAGGUGACAGGAGGGUGCCGGGGAAGGGGAGCUACCUGGAAUCAACUCUGCCACAGGCUUUUAAUGAACUGAAGAAUCAUUCAGAAAAGUAUUGGGAUGGGGUGGGGGGCCUGGGGAUAAUUUAUUGAGAAGGUAACUUAUUCACUGUGGCAGCUUGGGAGGGGGAGAAGGUAGGACCCAGCUUCUGCUUUAAGCUGUCAAGGGGGAUUCAUUUUGGAGCAGCUGCACAAAUAGAGGUGGUUCUUGAUCAGAAGAGAUGCCAGCAAGAGCAACAAAAUGCAACCCUAACUUUACAAGUGGUGUUCCAUGGGUUUAAACUCUGAAUCAAGAAAUGUGAAGUGAAUAAAGAUUUUCAUAAGCACUGUU